GCGACGCGACGCACACACAGCCUGACACUUAUUUAUUAAUUUUAUCUGCAGUUCAUUCGGAAUGUCGGCCCCCUAUCCAGUAGACCCUAACAAAGCUGGUGCUGCCAAUACUGGAUGGGCAGUACCUGGUGCCCCCGCUGGCUACCCUACUCAACCUGGGUAUCCCACACAACCCGGAGGAUACCCAGCUCAGCCCACUGGUUAUCCUGCACAGCCUGGAUAUCCUGCGCAGCCUGGAUAUCCUGCGCAGCCUGGAUAUCCUGCGCAGCCUGGCUACCCCUCUCAGCCUGCUGCAGCCUUCCCUCCACAACCUCCUCCUUACUCUGCCCAGCCCAGCCCUUACACCCAGCCUGCUUAUAAUGUCAGUGGAGGAGGCAUGCCUAUCCAAGAUGGAGCAGGGAUGCCCAAGGACGAUGUGCUGCCUGAACAGUUUGGGGGGUCGUUCUCCGACAAAGCCAUCCGCCAUGCAUUCAUUCGCAAAGUCUAUCUCAUCCUGAUGGUGCAGUUACUGGUCACACUCGGCAUUGUCUCACUUUUUACAUUCCAUACGAUUUCACAGGGUGCGGUAUCUAUCUGUUCGUGGCAUCCAUGGUGCUGUUCAUUUUUGGAAUUAUUGCCAUCUUCACCUUCAGUAAGAUUAUGCAUACCAUCUAUUCAGCUGGUAUUGCACUGCUUUUCUCCAUGUACCUAGUGUAUGAUACGCAGAUGGUGGUUGGUGGCCGAAAGCACCAGAUUUCACCAGAAGAGCAUAUCUAUGGUGCGCUGACACUCUACCUCGACAUUGUUUACAUCUUCAUCAGUCUGCUUUCACUAUUUGGAAACAAGAAUUAAGCUGUCCAGUACUGUCCCUGAAACAUGCAGUGUUACUAUGGAGAUGAUCCCUUUGUAGUGCAGAGGAAACUUUGUAGUCAAAGUUGUUAUUUUCAUCCAGGCAUUUUU